AUGUCGACAUUAUCCGUCUCCUCAGCGUACACCAAAAUCCGCGCCCUCGUCGACAACAUCACCACCGAUGCCCUCCCACCCCCCUCAUCCAUCGUCGCAGGCGUAGAAAGCCUGCCAGCUAAUCUCACAGCACAUGGUAUCGGAGAAGAAGCCACAGAGAGGCAUCUCCUGUCUGACAUAUGCCCGGGUUUCAAUGGCCCUAAAACAUCACCUAAUUACUACGGCUUCGUCACUGGGGGAGUCUUCCCUAUUGCCGAAGUAGCGGAUAACAUCGUCACGGCGUUUGAUCAGAAUGUCUCUGUGCAUCUACCCGAGCAGAGCAUCAGUACCAUUGUCGAAGACAAGGCGCUGAGCAUGCUUGUCGAACUACUGAAACUCGAUAACGGGAAGUGGCAAGGCAGGACUUUCACCACUGGCGCUACGGGUGCUAAUGUGCUGGGCCUGGCUUGUGGGCGCGAAGCAGUCAUCAGCACUCGUCUCAGAGCCGCCGGUGAAAGCCAGGGCGUCGGCGAGUUGGGGCUGCUGGCAGCGUGUGCCAGAGCCGGUGUCAAGGAAAUCCAAGUCCUGACCACCAUGGGCCACAGCUCGCUGUACAAAGCCGCCAGCGUGGUGGGCAUCGGCCGCGCUUCAGUCAAAGACAUCCCAUUCAGCGCCCGCGAGCCAUGGAAACUGGACAUCGCUGCGCUAGAACGCGAACUCAAGCGCGAGCAAGACGGCAUCGUCAGUAUCGUAGCCCUGAGCGCCGGAGAAGUCAACACGGGGCGUUUCGCAACCACUGGCUCGUCAUCCGUAGCGCAGAUUCGAGACCUAUGCACCAAAUACGGAUCAUGGCUACACGUGGACGGCGCAUUCGGGAUAUUCGCACGCAGUCUCCCGGAAAACGCCGAGUUCGCAGCUCUGCGCACCGCGAGCUGUGGUCUGGAUCUCGCGGACUCCAUUACAGGGGACGGCCACAAGAUGCUCAACGUGCCGUACGACUGCGGCUUCUUCCUAACGCGGUCCGACGCCACGCUGUCCGCCGUUUUCCAGAACCCAAACGCGGCGUACCUCGCUACCAGCGGCCCCUCGUCCAUCCCAUCGCCCCUGAACAUCGGCCUAGAGAACUCGCGGCGCUUCCGCGCCCUGCCUGUCUAUGCCGUUCUGCUUGCAUACGGCAGUGCAGGGCUAGCGGAGAUGUUUACGCGACAAGUGAGGCUAGCCAGAGGCAUUGCGGCUUAUGUGCAAGAAAGCGCAGAGUACGAAUUGCUAGCGCAGGGGGAAGAUGAAAAGGGUGAUUAUGGUAAUACGCACAUCAUAGUUAUCUUCCGAGCCAGAGACGAGGUGCUCAACCGGGAAUUGGUUAGUAAGAUUAACGAGACAAGGGAAAUAUAUGUUUCGGGCACGAAAUGGGAUGGUAGGCCUGCAUGUAGGGUUGCGGUUAGUACGUGGAGGGUGGAGGUGGAGAGGGAUGUCGAGUUGGUGAGAGGGGUGUUGGAGGGGGUUUCGAGUAAUGGUUGA